CACAGACGGUGAACCGCCUGGGGAAUCGUAGGGGAGAGGAAGUCGGCCGGCUCUCUGUCUGCCUGCUCCAACUUCCUGCAAAAAAAAAAAAAAAAAAAAAAGCCUGGAUCUUAUUUCAGUCCAGCAGAGCUGUGUAGCCUAACUAGACGACAGUCAGCAUGGAAAAACAAGGGAUCAUACCAAUUUAAUCAUACAAGUUUUGUAAGGAGGGGAAGGAAAGGCAAGCAAGAUAUCGCAGGUAUGGACAGCGCCAUCACGUUGUGGCAGUUCCUGCUGCAACUUCUCCUGGACCAGAGUCACAAGCAUCUGAUCUGCUGGACGUCCACUGACGGAGAGUUCAAGCUGCUCAAGUCAGAGGAGGUGGCCAAGCUGUGGGGGCUCCGCAAGAACAAGACUAAUAUGAACUACGACAAGCUGAGCAGAGCCCUGAGAUACUACUAUGACAAGAACAUCAUCAAGAAAGUCAUCGGACAGAAGUUUGUCUACAAGUUUGUCUCGUUCCCGGAGAUCCUGAAGAUGGACCCUGCGGCGGUAGAGAUGGGCUUGACGUCCGGCAUGGUGACCCUCCAUGAGGAUAACGUCCAGGACAUAGACGUAGAGGAGGAAGAGGAGGAGGCACAGCAGCAGAGGAGAGCCGUGGGGGCAGCGUUGGGGGCGGCUGCUGCGGCUCAGCAGGCUGCGUGUCGUAACGACUACCUCCGCUCUGGUCUCUACUCCUCCUUUAGCGUCAGCUCCCUCCAUCAUCCUCCAGAGGAGCUGCUCAGAGCCUUGAGGGAGAGGCAGGAGAGACAGCAGGACGAAGCCCGGUCCGGAGUCAUCCGCUUCGGGACUGGUACCACAGAGAGAACUCCACCAUCACCCUCCCUCAUCAAGCCUUCAUCACAAUCCUUCAGCAUCCACAGCCCUUCUAAACCCUCCCCCCUCCACCACCAUCACCACCGGCGCUCCCCGUCCUCCUCCCCACCCAGUCCUAACCCCCAGCCGGGACCAGGGCGAGGAGGCUGGAGCCCAGAGGCUGAAGAGGAGGAGGGGGAGGACUCUGACCAGGGGGCCCAGCCCUUGAAUCUCUCCUCUGGGCACAGAGAGAGAGAGAGGGCCCUGCAGCCUCCGGAGAAGAGGACCAGUGGUGGUAGUAGGGGUAGUGGUAGUAGUCAUGGAGACAGGGAACAUGGAUUCCCACCCAAAACAAAGAAGCCCAAAGCCCUAGAGAUCCCUGCCCACUCCCUGCUCCUGACAGGAAGUGACAUUGGCUCCAUAGCUCUUAACAGUCCCGCCCUGCCGUCCGGGUCCCUCACCCCGGCCUUCUUCACUGCACAGACUCCGUCUGGCCUGCUGCUGGCUCACAGCCCUCUGUUAUCAGGCAUCCACUUCUGGAGCAGUCUUAGUCCCAUAGCCCCUCUGAGCCCUGCACGGCUCCAAGGACACGGAUCUCUGUUCCAGUUUCCCAGUCUAAUGAAUGGACACCUCCCGGUCCCCCUGCCAAACCUGGAUGGGUCCCCCUCCCCCCUGCUCCUGUCCUCUGCCAAUCACAAGUCCUGAUUCAGACUCUCACAACCCAAACCAGCCUGUUGGCUCUACUUUGAUCAUCAAGCAUCUCUUCUCAAAGGACUCAUCAUUAGUCUUCUGUUUAUUUACAGGCAAACUUGCUUUUGAUUUUGGGGGGGUCUCAAAAACUUCACAUCAUCCACCUCUAUAAGUAGUAGUAUUAUCAGCAUCUUCAUCGUUAGCCUUCAGUUUCUGCAAAAUUAUUUUACGGUGUAAAUACUCAUGAUUGACUCUGCAUUACAAUGGCAUGUUGACCUCACUUUUUAUUGCACUUAAGUUGGUUAAAGUUCCAGUUGCGUGGUUGAAAGCACUUGGUUAAAGCCAUUACACCGUGAGGUCUGUGAGACCUCUGGCGUGUUAUAAUUAAGUACACUUCCACAGCAGGACCCUGUCCCAAGUGGACAAUAGUUAGGGUUAGCCUGUCUCUAAGGGCUGUUUGUUCAAACAGGUCUAGGACCAGGCUAGUUAAGCAUAGCUUAGCGAUGUUUAACAUGUAAGACAGGAUCCACGUGUCAGCUACCAACUUCCCUCUCCAAGCACAGGGCUUGGUUGUUUUAAUCUUGUAAAAAAUGAUAUUUCUUUUUGUCUUUUUUAUGAUCUUCAUAACAGAAUGUGAAACAUUGUUUCCAUUGAAUUGUAUUAUAUGCAGUGUGCUUUUCAAAUAGUACCGGCUGUGCCUUUUCAAAAUGUUCGAUUUUUCCUCCUUAAAAAAAAAAAAGUUCUAUAAAGAGGAGAUUCCAAAUCAAUGAAAAAGCUUUGUAACACUUUGUAAUGUUUUUGUUAUGCAGUAUAUAUAUUCUGUAUCAUUUUAUAUGGGUGAAAAGUGUUGUUGUUUUGAAUAAACCUGAGGCAUUGAAUGCUGCAA